UAAUUAAGGUUUUAUUCGUUUCCUGGAUCCCUCCUCCACUCUCCUAGAUCUGCCGCGGCUUUUAAUGGGUAUUAGCAUGUGGCUUGCUUCUACUCUACGCUCGCUGUUUUGAGAAUCAAUCCCCCCCUCUGUGGGUUUGGGCUCGAUCUCGAUCUCGAUCUCGAUCUCUGAGUAAAGAUGAUGAUGCAAGAGGCGUGGAUGGAAGUGCUUCCUCCGGCGGCGGCGUCGUGCUUCCCCGCGUCGAGCUUGUUCCUCUCCGAGAUGGGGAUGGGGAUGGGGAUGGGGAUGGGGAAAGGGGAAGGGAGGGGGAAAGGGAACGAUUGGAGCCCGGAGGAGAACAAGGUGUUCGAGGAGGCGCUGGCGCGCAUCGACGGCGACCGGCCGGACCGGUGGGAGAGGGUGGCGGAGAUGAUCCCCGGAAAGACGGUGGCGGACGUGAUCAGCCAGUACCAGGAAUUGGAGAACGACGUCAGCUACAUCGAAGCAGGGCUGAUCCCAUUCCCCCACUACGAUUCCUCCUCCAGCUUCGUCCUCGACUGGGAGGGCGGCGCUCGCACCAACCAUUCCUAUUGCUGCGUCGGCACCGGCACCGGCACCGGCACCGGCAAGAGAUCCGGCCCCAGAGGAUCGUCAGAUCAGGAGAGGAAGAAGGGGGUCCCUUGGACCGAAGAGGAGCACAAGCGGUUUCUAAUGGGCCUGAAGAAACACGGUAAAGGAGAUUGGAGAAACAUAUCCCGGAACUUCGUCUUCACGAGAAAUCCCACGCAAGUGGCUAGCCAUGCGCAGAAGUACUACAACAGGCUUAAUUCCGGCGGCAAAGAUAAGAGAAGGUCCAGCAUACAUGACAUCACGACCGUCAAUUUGCCGGACGAUCGUCCUCCCUCGCCGUCGCAGUCGUCGUCGUCAUUGUCGAUGCUUACUCCGCAGCCUAGUACUGGUAACGCUGCCGCCUCUCCGUUGUCCGACCAAUACUCGGCCGUGCUCGAUCCGAGUCGGCCUAACGAAGCGGCUAGCGCGUUCAAACUGUCGGAACAGCAUCCUUUUCAGUUCGUGCAAUCACCUCUUGGUGCGGCUCCUUACGGCACGGUGAAGAUUGCGAGAGAAAGUUCGUACAGCACCCCUCCCCGUGAUGCCGCGGCUAAUCGCCAGAGCGUGCUGUUUCAGGUUCAACCAUUUCGAUGACCGCGCUAUGGAUGCACGAGGGGCAGAUGAGUCGCGCUUAUUGAAAUCAACAAAUUGAGAUUUGCUGUUGAUGAUCUCCGAACGAAAGAGCACAGAAUGUGUUAGCAUCAUGUUCUACACAUGCAAGAAGGUCGAUUGCGCAUUCAGAAACUUCUUGCUAUGUUAAGGGUUCAAAAAAUGGUUAUCUAUCUUAGAUCUUUGCCGUUGUAAAUAAUAUCCGAUUCUAUCAAUACAGGACUUGAGAGUAUGCAGCAAAGCUGAAGUUUGGGUUCGGUCGGUGACUCCUAUACUCGCAAUGCGAUCGUAAUGAUACCGAGUUCAAAGCUCUUAUGAAGGGUUUCCAUCCGCCGCCGUAAAUGAUUAGGUAUACUGGCCGGACUCUGAGAAAAAAUAUGCGUAUUUCCGUAGUGUACUCUUCUCGGUGAUCGAAUUGAGGAGCCAUAGUAGUAGUCAUUGUCUUUCAGCUUCCUCCAGAUAUUUGAACUUGAUUUGUGUCGAGAGCUGUUCCUGCCUCCUGGAGAGCUGAAAAGUUGACGGAUUGACUUAUUAGCUGUUUAUAUCAAAUCUUACUUCAUAAGUAUACUUAUUUGCAGCGGUCAUGGCUCGUUGACCCUCGCGUCAUUUCUGUGUACUUGUAAUAUUCAUACCGUGCUUUCCCUUAAUCAAAUAAAACAUCGACGUAUGGAUAUUUCUGUCUUUGUAUA